ACGUCGGAAGACAUUAUGGAACGAAUAACUGCUCUUAUUCUUCUUUUACAGGCGACAGUAACUGUUGUCAACACAGGUUCACACUCUAUCUGGGCGUUUGCAACAUUUAUUCACGGGCAGACCCAAUUCCCAGAAUUCAGUGUUUUGGUAUUUGUGGAUGAUCUUCAGGUGCUGUACUAUGACCACAACAUCAAGAAACUUCUCUCUCGAAGCGGACCAAACUCCACAAAGGGAGUUGAAGAUAUUAUGCUUCUAGGUGCAAACAUUGUGAUAGAAGACAUUUACAAUUACAUGAAACGUCCAUCACAUCAUGUAACUCUCUUCGCCAAUCACACUGGAGGAGUUCAUGUUCAUCAGAAGCUGGCUGGAUGUGUGCUGGACAAUGACAAGCCCAGUCCGGUCAUGAUGUGGGAUGCUUAUGAUGGAACAGAAGCAAUGUAUUUUGAUGUGCAUAAUUACACAGUCAACCCUAUAUGGUCACAGCUUAUACGGAGCACAAGGGCAGCAGAGGUUUUUAUAAUGGAUUUAAUAAAUAUUUAUCAGCCUAUUUGUAUCCAAACAUUGAAGUACUAUCUGGAGAAAGAAAAGAACAUUGUGCUUAGAAAAGAGCGGCCCAGAGUCAGACUAAUCCAGAAGACAUGUAGGGAGACUGGAGUGGUGAUGGUGAGCUGUCUGGCCACUGGCUUCUACCCCCGGCACAUCAACCUGACCAUGCUGAGAGACGACCGUCCCAUCUCAGACGAGGAGCUCAUUUUCGGGGAGGUGUUACCCAACGGAGACGGGACGUACCAGACGAGGAGAACCCUUAGUAUCAGUUCGGAGAAAGCGAGAGAGAAACACCGUUACACCUGCUCUGUCACACACCUUGCUCUGGACAACAAGCUGGACAUCAACUGGGAACCAGGGGAAGAUGCUGAUGUUGCAGUCAUCAGUUCUGUGGUUGUAGUGCUGGUUCUGGUUCUGGUUCUGAUCUUUGCCAUCCCUGCGUUUAUCGUCUAUAAGAAGAGACGCAGAGGCAUCUAGACCUCCAUUGGAUACUUGCUUGCUAAAGAGAAGAAUAGAACUUUGGCCGAGCCAGUGGACGAUUCACCACCACCCAACAGUGCACUAGUGCUACAGAGGAGAAGACGGAUCAGCACUGCAUCCCAUCUCUGCUAAACUUCAGAUAAGUUUAGAGAUCUCCACCAUAAUACUAAGAAAAAUCAUACCACCCGGGUAGAUGGACAUUGGACACUAUUUUAUUUUGAAACUUAUUGUAAAAGAAGAGCUCUGAUAUUUUUGUUUUUUUCCAAUUAAAGGGACAGUGACAAGAUAAAGAGGUUUUAUACCGCAACUAGGGCUGUACUGAAAAAUUCGAAACUUUGAAGCUUCGUUCAUUGAAUUGGCAUUCGACUGUGAAAUUAAGCAUUUGAUUAUUAGGAUGGGUGCUCAGU